AUGGCCGACAACAAGAAUGCAAAGUACCGGACGGAGAUCCAACAGAUGAUGUUCGUGUCCGGAGAGACCGGCGAUGUAUCACCUGAAACGACAAGCAUGAUUGAGAGCAUAGUACAACAGCAAGUCAUGGAGAUGCUCAAGCGCGCCACAGAACUCGCAGCUCGUCGAGGCGUACGAACAAUCAGCACAGACGAUCUCAUCUUCCUCAUCCGACACGACAAAGCGAAAGUAUCACGAUUACGAACAUUCUUAUCAUGGAAAGACGUCCGCAAGAGUGCCAAGGACAGCGACGACAAAGGCGCAGGUGGUGGCGAUGCAGGAGGCGUGGACGACUUCGAUCUUGCAGCAAACGAUCCGACUCUAGGCACAGGUCCAAGCGUCGGCACACGAAAUAGCAAGAACAAGAAAGCCAAAGUCGGCCUCCCUUGGGACGUGUCCAGCUUCUACAGCGAGCAGGUCCCUGAGCGUGAAGACGAAGAAGAUGAAGAGGAAGAAGAAAUGAACGCCGCUACCCUGCAACGCCUCAAGCAAGCCGACGAGCGCACCAAAGGCAUGAACGCAGAAGAAUAUCUACAUUUCUCCGAAUGUCGGCAAGCAUCGUUUACAUUCCGAAAGGGUAAACGCUUUCGAGAAUGGGCUGGCUUUGGUGUAGUCACAGAUUCAAAGCCCAACGAUGACAUUGUCGAUAUCUUGGGCUUCCUAACAUAUGAGAUUGUCACAUUACUCACUGAGGAGGCGCUGAAGGUCAAGGCUGCGGAGGAUGCGUUAAAGAGGGAGAGCGGUGGAGACGAGGAGAAGCGAGGACGGAAGAGGAGACGAGAGCCUGGACUGUUUGACCCACCUGAAGAGGCGAGGAGUCCGGUGGGCCCGAAGCAUAUACAAGAGGCGUUUCGACGGUUGCAGAAGCCGGAUUUGAAGGCGAAGUAUAUGCAUCAUAUUCCGAAGGGUGGUUGGCAGAGGCCGUUGAAGCUGAUAUGA